CAAAGGUUUUUCUUCUUCCUCCUUAACUCCUUUGCUUGCUUAACCAAAACACCCCCAUUCGAAUCUCUCUCUCUCUCUCUCACCAACUCUCUCUCACUUCCAAUUUACUCCAUCAACUACUCGAUUCGCUUCUCCGUACGUGAGAACCCUAGUUACUCUCUCGGGACAUAACAUUAGGAUAGAGUUUGACCAUGGAGCCUCGUUUUGGGAAUAGGUUCCGCCUUGGCCGCAAAAUCGGUAGCGGCUCCUUCGGAGAGAUUUACCUCGGAACUGAUGUUCAGACCAACGAAGAGGUCGCUAUUAAGCUUGAAAGUGUGAAGACUGCGCAUCCGCAACUGUCAUAUGAGUCGAGGAUAUAUAGGGUUGUUCAGGGUGGAACUGGGAUUCCAAACAUUAAGUGGUUUGGUGCUGAGGGUGACUACAAUGUCUUAGUCAUGGAUUUGCUUGGUCCUAGCCUUGAGGAUCUCUUUGGCUAUUGCAGCCGCAAGUUCACUUUGAAGACUGUUCUCAUGCUGGCUGAUCAAAUGAUUAAUCGUCUCGAGUUCAUCCAUUCUAAAUCCUAUCUUCACCGUGAUAUAAAGCCGGAUAAUUUUCUCAUGGGUUUAGGAAGGCGCUCUAAUCAGGUCUACAUCAUAGACUUUGGCUUGGCUAAGAAAUUUAGAGACAGCUCUACUCAUCGACAUAUCCCAUACAGGGAGAAUAAAAGUCUAAUUGGGACUCCGAGAUAUGCCAGCUUGAACACUCACCUAGGGAUCGAGCAAAGUCGGAGGGAUGAUGUGGAAUCACUUGGUUAUAUCCUCAUGUACUUCCUCAUGGGAAGUCUCCCGUGGCAGGGACUGAAAGCUGGGAACAAAAAACAGAAAUACGACAAGAUUAGUGAAAAGAAGGUUUCUACUUCCAUCGAAACGUUAUGCAGAGGUCAUCCAACAGAGUUCGCAUCCUACUUUCAUUACUGCCGCUCACUUAGGUUUGAUGAUAAGCCUGACUAUGCUUAUCUGAAGAGACUCUUCCGCAACCUUUUCAUCCGUGAAGGUUUCCAGUUUGAUUUUGUGUUUGACUGGACGGUUCUCAAGUAUCAACAAUCACAACCUGGGAACCCUUCACCUCGUGCCAAUGAUGGUGGUGUUGGGACUAGCUCUGGAUUCAACCCUGCAGUCAGCAACGCUGAGAAACGUUCAGGUUUGUAUCCUUCUCCUAAACAAAUGCAGGCACAUAGUAAUGAAUAUAUACUCAAGGCGUGUUUGUAUUCCAUAGAGUUCCCAAAUCAGAGAACGAAUCUCGAUCUUAACCUGAAGCAGAAGACCAAGAACGUAAACGAAUCUGCAACUGCAAAGGACAAGCUGGUACCUGGAUCGUUCUUGGGUCGAUCAGAAGGAUCAUCAUCAAGAAGAGUUGUGGACUCAAGUAGUCGUGAACCGUUCAGUGGCGGGAGUGAUAAUGCAAACUAUGAAUCUGCACUCAAAGGCAUUGAUAGCUUGCGGAUCAAUAGCAAUGCAGGAGAUGAGACUGCAGCGUUGCCACAAUCAAAUGGAGACGAUAAUACUCCUCCUGUAGAACCCAAAGCAAAGCUGUCAGACUGAUUCGUAGAUGAAAGCUUUAGAACAUAACCCUUCUUGAAGGAGUUUAAAGGUUGUCUAUGAUUCUUCUGAAGAAAGGCUUUAAAGUUAAGAGUUUUGAUAUAAGGGAGGGAUAAAAAAUAUUUUUUAUACCACAGUGCUUAAAAUAUAUGAUUCAUUUGUCUUCUCCAUUGUAUAGAGAAAAACCUUCGUAUUUUAAGUUCCUUCUAUCUGAUAAUUAUUUCAAAAGUUAAA